AAAUCUUGUUUUUGCAGCAAACAAAAUGGCAUGUAGUCUAAGUCAGAGUAUACCCAACAACAUUAGAUAUCCUCUAGUUGCAUGUCGUAAGACAAUGCUUUUACUUUUUAGCCAAAAAAAAUUGUUGGAGUCAUAGCUUCAAUAAGAACCAAGCUACUAUUUCGUUCAUUUAUGGCUAGUUUUGUAUACAGAACCAAAUGAGGAUUGCUUGAGAAUCAAGGUCUGAAAGAGCUACUUGAGGGGGGGUAGGCUGUGGAGCAGGGGAGAGAACCUGGAAUAAGAGAGGCCAUCUUAUUAAUGGAGGAAGACGGGGAGUUGCUGUCUUAAUGGUUCAUAAAAUGGAAGAAGAAAUGAUGGAGCAGGGAGAAGGGAAAGGGGGGAUAAAGCUGAAGAAAGAUAAAUGGCGAUCCUUGAAACUAAAGCAUACACAAAGCGCACUAUACCCACCCUCCCUAACAUACAGCCUACGCUUAUCGUUUAAGCAAAAACUAAAACCCACCUCUCUCUCUCUCUCAGGCUUUCUCUCUCUCUUUUUCCAACCCAUUUCCAGCUUUUCCUGCACUUUCUGUUGAUUAGCUCAAACUUUGCAGGCUUGGGGUUUGGGAAAACACUCCAAUCCAAAGUUCUGAGAAAAAGAUGGCUUCAUUUCAAACUCCAAUUGGGACGCGAAGUUCCACUAUGCUUGAAACUUCAUGUGGAUAUCUACUUCAGGAGUUGCAGAUGAUUUGGGACGAAGUGGGGGAAGACCAGUUUGACAGAGAGAAGGUUCUUCUGGAUUUGGAACAGGAGUGUCUAGAAGUUUACCGGAGAAAAGUUGAUGAUGCAAAUGUGUCACGAGCUCGACUUCAUCAGGAACUUGCAGAAGCAGAGGCUGAGUUUACCCAUCUUCUGUUGUCCCUUGGAGAACGCUCUCUUCCUGGAAGGCCAGAAAAGAUGGCGGGAACUUUGAAAGAGCAGCUUGAUUCAGUAACUCCAGCUCUGAGAGAGAUGCGGCUGAGAAAAGAAGAGAGGAUGAAACAGUUAAGUGCCAUACAAGUACAAAUUCAGAAAAUUUCUGCUGAAAUAGAAGGUAAAGCAGAGAAUGUUGAUUCGUCUCGAGUUGUCGUAGAGAAUAAGACCGAUCUUUCUAUGACGAAACUUGAGGAAUAUCAGAAUGAAUUACAGAGACUUCACAGUGAAAAGAAUGAAAGGCUUCAGAGAGUGGAGAAAUAUAUAGACACAGUCCACAAAUUGUCUGCAACAUUGGGGAUGGAUGCUUCCACGAUUAUCACCAAGAUUCAUCCAAGCUUGGACGACCCAUUUGGAAGAUCAAAGAACAUUAGCGAUUCCAUUUUAGAGAAACUUAAAGGCACGGUAGAAUCUCUCAAAGAAGAAAAGCAGCAACGGCUUGAAAAGCUUCACAAUCUAGGAAAAACAUUGACAAACUUAUGGGAACUUAUGGAUUCACCUUACAGCGAUCGCCGAUUGUUUUCCCAUGUAAUUCGUCUAUUAUCAUUCUCAUCACCUGAAAUAUCUGAUCCUGGGAGCCUUGCGUUAUACAUAAUUGAGCAGGCUGAGGCUGAAGUCAAGAGACUUGAUCAACUAAAAGCAAGCAAGAUGAAAGAGCUAUUUAUCAAGAAACAGAUGGAGCUGGAAGAUAUAUGUAACAAAUCGCAUAUGGUGAUACCUUCAAGAUCGGGAAUGGAAAAAAUAAUAAAUCUAAUUCAUUCUGGGGAAAUUGAUCAUGCCAAUCUCCUCACAAGCAUGGAUGAACAAAUAUCAAGAGCAAAAGAAGAAGCAUCUAGCAGGAAGACUAUAAUGGAGAAAGUUGAGAAAUGGAUGUUAACAUGUGAUGAAGAGCGCUGGUUGGAAGAAUAUAACAUGGAUCAAAGCCGAUACUCAGUCAGCAGAGGUGCUCACAAAAAUCUUAGGCGCGCAGAACGAGCAAGAAUAGCAGUCAACAAAAUUCCAGCUUUGGUGGAAUUGCUUUUGGAAAAGACUAGGAGUUGGGAGGCAGAAAGAAGUAAAGUGUUCUUGUAUGAUGAGGUGCCAUUGCUAGAAUUGUUGGAGGAAUAUAAUGCCCUGAGACAGGAAAAAGAGGAGAAGAGGAGACCAAGGGAGAAGAAAAAAGUGCAAACUCAUAUUCUAAUCGAGCCAGAAAGCUUCUAUGGACCAAGGCCAAGCACCAGCAGUCGGCGUCUUUCAAAUGCUAGCAUUAAUGGAGGUUAUAGCAAUGCCAUAGCUUUGAACAGAAGGCUUUCUCAAGGAAUCCUGCAAUUUGGUUCAAACAACAUAAAUUCAGCAACUCAAGGCAUCUCUUUCAUAAAGGAAGCGAAAAAAUCACCUGGACAAAAUAUAGCUCGUCGACACAACCUCGAUUCUCGGGUCAGAGAUGAAACAGCUUCGGUGGUAUCCACAUUUUCAGGCCCAAUAUCUCCUUAGAGCUCACUACAUGACUUCAAGUUCAAAUGUCAUUCAAUAAGAUAAUCCCACAGAAUAAAGUUUGAGAGAACCAUUCUAGCCUGCAAAUUAGCUUAUGUCUUGACUGAAGAUAGAGAAGAUACUCGAGUAGUUAUUCUAUCUUUGAGUUUCUUGUUCAUUCCAAUUAAUUUUUCCUGUACAAACCUCAUGUAGGUCCUAAAAAUAACGCUUAUACAAAGAGAGUGCAAGUCGACCACUACUCAUUUUGAUUGUCUAAAUUGUAUCAAAUUCAUCUA